UAUACUAUAGUCUCUGUAUAACUUGUUUUUUUUUUUUAUGACUCAGAUCAGUGCAAAUAAUUUUUUUAAAAUAAAAUAAAAAUUAUCUCGUUUUAUUACUGGGUUCAGGCAGAAUCACAAGUGUCUAUAUAGAGUUAAGCAGACGAUAUAUCAGUAAAUGAUAGAAACAAAAAAAAAAAAAAUCAAUUUCAUACCCAUUUUUUCUGAGAAAAAGGAAAAAAGAAUUCACACCCCCCUUUGAUUUCGAGCUCUACAAUAGAAAACCCAGCUAUUCUCCUUAAAGGAAAGGAAGAAACCCAGUUAAUAUCUGCAGCCCAAAAAUUAUGAGACUCCUCUUAUCGCAAAAUCAGGUCGAAAUUGGAAGCAUCUGGCGCUGUUGUCUAGUUGAAUAAACCCUUUUGUAUGAUGAGUUACUGUGGCAAUUGGUUGCACUGAAGAAAUAAAUCAUUGCAAUUGGCUACUAUAUAGCCAAAACUGUAUCCCAGGCUAGGGUCUUAGGAGACCCAUAAUCUUAGUUCAUUGUUUGAAACAAGCAAUGGAAGGGAAUUUAUCACAAGGAGGUAUAUUUGGUGGCUUUGACUUGCAAGGAUCAACGAGAGUUCAUCAUCAUCAAGAGCAGCACCAGCAUGCUGUACACCAUCAACAGAACCCUCUCCAUCGCCAAGGGUCAUCUGUGCAGCCCUCAACUCAUGAGGGUUUUCCCCUGGCAAUGGGGACCAUGCGCAACUCUGAUCAAAUAAUCUCUAUGACUGAUUACAAUAAGGGAGAUAAGGGGAAAAAUUCAGCAAGCGAUGAGGAUGAACCAAGUUAUACUGAAGAUGGUGCUGAUGGUCACAAUGAUCCAAGUAGAGGGAAAAAAGGAUCGCCAUGGCAGCGGGUUAAGUGGACUGAUAAAAUGGUGAGGCUUCUAAUAACUGCUGUCUCUUACAUAGGAGAGGACGUGACUUCGGAUUAUGGCAGCGGCAUGAGAAGGAAAUUUUCUGUCCUACAAAAAAAGGGAAAGUGGAAAUCAGUUUCAAAGGUCAUGGCUGAAAGGGGUCACCUUGUUUCACCUCAGCAAUGUGAGGAUAAAUUCAAUGACCUUAACAAAAGAUAUAAAAAGCUCAACGACAUGCUAGGCAGGGGCACUUCUUGCCAAGUUGUGGAGAAUCCAGCACUUCUAGAUGUUAUAGAUUAUUUAACAGAGAAAGAGAAAGAUGAUGUUAGGAAAAUAUUAAGCUCAAAACAUCUGUUCUAUGAAGAGAUGUGUUCCUACCAUAAUGGAAAUAGACUGCAUUUGCCUCACGAUCCUGCACUGCAGCGUUCCCUACAGUUAGCUCUUAGAAGUAAAGAUGGUCAUGAUAAUGAUGAUGUGAGACGGCAUCAACAUGAUGAUAUGGAUGAAGAUGAUCAAGAAGUGGAAACUGAUGAUCAUGAUGAAUUUGCGGAGACUCAAGCUUCACAUGGGGAAAGCCGGGGUAUACAUGGACUCUUGGGGGGCUCUGCAAAAAGGUUGAGACAAGGCCAGGGCCAUGAAGAUGUUUGUUUUGGGAACUCAUCUCAGGAUGGGAAUAAAGGUUCUCAUUCUAAUUUCCAGAUUUCCGAAGUUGAUAUGAAUCAAAACUCACCUGAGUGUACAAAAGCAGCUUGGUUACAGAAGCAGUGGAUGGAGUCUCGUGCACUUCAGUUAGAAGAGCAAAAGCUACAAAUUCAAAUUGAGACGUUGGAAUUGGAAAAGCAGCGAUUCAAGUGGCAAAGAUUUAGCCGGAAAAGAGAUCGCGAACUUGAAAAGUUGAGGAUGGAGAAUGAGAGGAUGAAACUUGAGAACGAGAGAAUGGCAUUGGAGCUGAAGCAGAAAGAAAUCUGUGUUGAUUUUAACUAAAUGUUUGGUCCUAUUAUUGUUAGUUCCUUAAAACAGCUGGAUUGCAGAGCUUCUUUUAUGGUAAGCUGCUGCUGGCUAUAAAUGCAAUUCAUUUGAGGGGGAAUCUUGUUGGGAAGUUAGUCUGCCUGCAUAUAUUGUGUAAACUCAGUAUAGCAACAUUACCUUUAGCUAGUUACAAUGUUCGACUCUAAUGAGAUGUUAUUACCUAUUGGUAAAGAUAUUGUGGCAAAAAUCUUGUUUCA